GCUCUCAUUCUCACCGUCGUACUACAAGUCGCAAAGCGUUGGGCAAAUAGGUACUUUAUACCGUAUUCCCACUAUCAUUAAUUAAAGCUCAAUCAUCUUAUUGUGUGGGCUGUGAGGUGGAUACCAGCCUCAUCAACCCUGGUGGCAGGGUUAUGAUUGAGCCGCCAAAGGCCCCUGAUAUGGCUCAUGUAACGACUAUAUACUUACAUCGUACGACGAACAUAUCAUCGCCUAUCAUCGUAUGCGCAGUGCUGUUUUUCUUGAUCCCGACUAAGCUAGACUUCAUAAGGUUCUUUAAAAAACGUCAGUCUACAAGUGACGAACCCUUUCCGACGGGGCCAGGCAAAGGCUGUCUGAAUUGGAAACUUGUGAGCAACAAUAUUCACUGGAGCGUGCUUUUUACUAUUGGAGGUGGGUGUACAAUCAUCGAAGCCCUCCGCACGUCGAAGAUGACGGAAGAAUUCGAGCAGUUCUUCCUACUCCUGCGCAAUUGGCCGGCGCCUGCGCAGGCGCUGGUCGUGAUCCUCGUGUGCAAAAUGCUCACCGAGUGCUGCAGCAACUCUUGCGUCGUCUUCGUUAUGUUGCCACAUAUUGCUAAAGUGAGUGUAGAAGCGAAGGUGAACCCACACUACCUGAUGACGGCUACGACCCUGGCGUGUUCCGUGCCCUUCCACCUGGUCAGCGGGACACCCGCCAACGCCCUUGUCGUCGACUAUGUUCGCAUACCACCUUGGAAGAUGAUGCACGCAGGCCUAGGACCAUCUCUGAUCGCCAUCGUGGUCAUCUGGUUCACCGUGACUCUGUGGUCGAAGGCCAUAUUUCCCGACAUCAACCUCUACCCGCCCUGGGCCGAUGACUUCAUUGCAAAUUACGAUUACCCUAUAGGCCGACGCCAUUAAGAGUAAUAAACUAACUACUUACUUAUAAAUAUGAAUAUUAUUGUAUUGGUUUAGUAUGCUAGCAUAGAAUACUACGUAUAGAACGGCAACUCCCCGCUCCCCACCAGCGGGUGAGCUAGGUUUACCUCACCCCUCGGUCUUACUUUAGUCUUCAAUUGUGGGCGUCAGACAUCACACGCACACAAAUGCGUCAAUGUGGGUGAAUCAUCCCCCUCAGUAUUUGUUACAAUGUCACUUACACAGCUUACACCACGUCCAAGUACGUAUUUAUCGGAAAAUUCACGAAAAUAUUGAUGUUUUGAAAAAAUAUUUUCCGUUCCAUGCCUAAAAUAUCUUAACAUUUCAUUCCAUUAAGAAUAUAAAGUUCCUAUUUUUUACCAGACUGCGGCGAUGCAAAGGAAGGUUAUUGCGAUU